AUGCCGCUCUCGACGCGCUCUCGCGGCCAGACGUUAAUGCUCUCCAUCCGCCCCCGGCGGUUGAUUUGGACGGCAUCGCCCAAGCGCAACAGGCUGAUCAAGAGCUCGCCGAUCUUCGUUCAUCCCCCGCCUCAUCCACCACUUUUCGCGAAACUUCGCACCUCACUCCUCGGUUCGACGGCGAGACUAUGGUGCGACACAUCUACUGGCACCCCGGGUCCUUUCGUUCCGCUGGACUUUCGCCGGCCUGUUUUCAACGCCCUCCACUCGCUGUCCCACCCUGGCGUGUGCGGAACGCAGAAGAUCGUCGCUGAGCGCUACAUAUGGCCUCGAAUGAAUGCCGACGUCCGUGCCUGGGCGCGCGCCUGCCUUGCCUGCCGGCGGUCCAAAAUCAACCGCUACACCAUCUCGCCUCCAUCGCGGUUCCUUCCGCCAGACGCUCGUUUCGACGAGGUACACAUCGACCUGGUCAGCCCGCUUCCUCCGGCCAAGGGCUACCGCUACCUCCUCUCUUGCAUCGACCGGUUUACCCGCUGGCCGGAGGUAACGCCGAUUCCUGACAUCACGGCAGAAACAGUGGCCCACGCAUUCUUCUUCUCCUGGGUUUCACGAUUCGGCGUCCCAUCCACUGUCACCACGGACAGAGGACGCCAGUUUGAAUGGGCCCUCUUCCGUCACUUGUGCUUCGCUCUCGGAACCCAUCACAUCCGAAUCACGGCCCACCAUCCGCCUGCCAACGGCCUGGUCGAGCGUCUUCAUUGGCAGCUCAAGGCUUCCCUUCGCGCCACUGACCACAGCGACACAACAUGGCCCGAGCGUCUUCCCUUCGUCCUGCUUGGCCUUCGCGCCGCGAUCCGCCAGGACGGCUGCAGCGCGCCCCACAAUGGUCUACGGCUGCAAGGAGCGUUCUUCACCCCCUCGGCCCCGCUCUCUCCCCGACCCCUCCUCGUACGUCGACCGUCUCCGCCAGCUCUUCCAGGACUUCAAGCCCACACCUACCCGCUCCGGUCCCGCAACAGGCGUGUUCGUGAGCCCCGCCCUUCCUCAAUUCUUAUACUGUGGUCAACGACAGGCUCAAGCCCGCAUUGCUGGAGUCGGCACCGCCUGUAUCACCCGCUCCGCCCUCCCUCCCUCCGCACUCAACUCCUGUCUCCGGCCUUUCUACCCCUUCACGUCGGGUACAUUGGGCCCCGCCGCCUCGGGUCCACCUCCUGCCUUCCUUGA